GCGCUAAUGGAAUUAACCUGCUUAUUCUUAACGCUGAAGAGCCAUUGUGUGCCGAGAUAAACACGCGAGAAACAAAUAGAAGACACCCAUACUCUCUCUGGGAUAAAAGGAUAAAUGGAAUUUAAAUCGAAACAAAUCUUAACUUCAAUUCAGAACAUGGAUCACUUUUAUGAGUAGCAGAGUCUACAUUGGAUUUGCUACAUUCUGCGCCAUUUAUAAGAAGCCCAUCUCUGCUAUUGAGAUAUAGGCCUACUUCUAUUUUGUUUUACUCCAAACAGCCACUAUGGAGUGCAGCGAUCAGUUAACCCUGCCGUUGCUGUUUGCCGUGGGGACUGCUGUGAUUGGCUCGUUACAGUUCGGCUACAACACUGGCGUCAUCAACGCCCCUCAAAUCAUCAUCGAGGGCUUCUACAACGAGACGUGGACCGGCAGGUACUCGGAGCACAUCUCCCGGACCACCCUCACCACGCUGUGGUCCACCUCCGUCGCCAUCUUCUCCGUGGGCGGCAUCGUUGGCUCCUUCUCCAUGGGCCUCUUCGUCAACCGCUUUGGCAGGCGUAACUCCAUGCUAAUGGCUAACGUGCUAGCCUUCGUGGCGGCCGCCUUCAUGGGCCUGUCCAAGGCGGCGGCGUCCUGGGAGAUGCUGAUCGCGGGCCGCUUCAUCGUGGGCCUCUACUCCGGCCUGUCCACGGGCUUCGUGCCCAUGUACGUGGGGGAGAUCGCCCCCACGUCGCUGAGGGGGGCCCUGGGCACGCUUCACCAGCUGGGGGUGGUCCUCGGCAUCCUCAUAGCCCAGAUCUUCGGCCUGGAGGGCCUCCUGGGGAACGCGUCCCUGUGGCCCCUGCUGCUGGGCUUCACCUGCGUCCCGGCGCUGGUGCAGUGUGUGCUGCUGCCCUUCUGCCCCGAGAGCCCCCGCUUCCUCCUCAUCAACCAGAACCAGGAGAGCAAGGCGCGAAGCGUGCUGGAGAAGCUGCGUGGUACUGAGGACGUGCGUGACGACAUGCAGGAGAUGCAGGAGGAGAGCCGGCAGAUGGCGAGGGAGCGGGCUGUGACCAUCCCAGAGCUGUUCACCACGCCGGCCUACCGCCAGCCCAUCUUCAUCGCCAUCAUGCUGCAGCUCUCCCAGCAGCUGUCCGGUAUCAACGCUGUGUUCUACUACUCCACGGGGAUCUUCCUGCGGGCGGGGGUCCCUCAUCCCGUGUACGCCACCAUCGGGGCGGGCGUGGUCAACACCGCCUUCACCGUCGUCUCGCUGUUUAUUGUGGAGCGUGUGGGCAGGAGAUCUCUCCAUCUGGUCGGCCUGAUGGGCAUGGCUGUGUCUGCCGUGCUAAUCACCAUCGCCAUGGCACUACUGGACCAACUGUCGUGGAUGUCCUACGUUAGCAUCGCGGCCAUCUUCUGCUUCGUGGCCUUCUUUGAGAUCGGCCCGGGGCCCAUCCCCUGGUUCAUCGUGGCCGAGCUCUUCGGCCAGGGGCCCCGGCCGGCAGCCAUGGCCGUGGCCGGCUUCUCCAACUGGUCCGCCAACUUCCUUGUGGGCAUGGGCUUCCAGUAUGUGGAGCAACUGUGUGGCCCCUACGUCUUCAUCAUCUUCACGGUGCUGCUCCUGGGCUUCUUCGUGUUCACCUACCUCAAGGUGCCGGAGACCAAGGGUCGCACCUUCGACGAGAUCGCGUCAAGCUUCCGUCACUCCGCGUCGGGCGAGUCGUUUGGGAAGUACACCACAGAGGAGUUCAACAGCGAUAUCUAGAGGUGACGGAUGAUAAGCGGCGUUUAGACUUUGAUCCUCUUACAAAAAACAUGGAUAAACCACUUGAAAGUUUUAUCUGAAUCCUUUUCCUCGAAUACGAAUUAUUAAAUUUGAAGAUUUUUCUAACAUGCAUUCAUUUUGUCUAGAUCUGGAGUCUGGACGUGUUGGACACAGUUAAACAGAAAUGUUUUGACUCUUAUUUUUUUAUUGCAGUUCUACACAUCAUGCACUGUUAAAAUAAGAUUGUAUUAAAAGCUUGCGUUAUAGAUCACAAUGUUUACUAGGUAAGCAACCUUUAUCCCAGUUCGGAGCACAAGAGAAGACUGUAAAACUGGUCUCAUGUGUUUCCACUGGAAAGUAAAUUUUCUUGUGAGGUUCACCAAAUUAAAUUGCAUUGACACUGUUGUAAGAUUAGUCCCUUAACUUUUGAACAAUUCAGCAGUCUCUUUUGCUCUAGAUUUAAUGGAUCAUGUAUACAUCAUUUGUAUUAUGUAUGUGUUAUUCAUCAUUUGUAUUAUUUAUUUUGUUUAUGUAAAAGAGUAAUUCGUUUUUUCAUCAUCAGAUCUUCUUGGAAUUUUUCGUCCAUUAAACAUAAGGAAUGUAUUGGUAUCAUUAGGUAAAAGCUCUUGAUCAGCACUUUAAAUAGUAUUGGUUUUUGCUCCUAGUAAUCAUGAUCACAAUACGUUCAAUAUCACAAGAUUUAACCAAACAAAUUGAAAAAAUGUUAACAGUAGGUUUGUGUUUAUUUUUUAUAUAAAAAGUUGAAAUUGUGAAUUGUUGCUUUUUGCUUUGUAUAAAUAAAGUUCCAACAAAUACA